UUUAAUUUUUCAGAGGUGGAAAAUGACUAUUCAUUUACUACCUGGCAAGGUGAAACGUUACGAGAAAUUGGUUCGGGAAUUUAAAGCAAUCAGAAUUAUCAUAUGGCUAUUCUUUCGUUUGCUCGACUUUGUUUUUAUUCCGUUAAUGAUUAUAAGAUGUUUUAAAAAGAAAAAAACAUGUCCUCCAAUUGAUAAUAACAUUCUAUUAUAUAAAGCAUCAGAAUUGUCUAAUCUCAUAAGAACACAACAGCUUACAAGUACAUUGGUAGUAAAGACAUACAUAGAUCGUAUAAAAGUGGUAAAUAAGUUACUAAACGCUGUAAUUGAUGAUAGAUUUGAUUCGGCAAUACAAGAAGCAAAAUAUGUGGAUGAUUUUGUACGAAGCACAAAAUGUACAAUUAAUGAACUAAAAAUAAAAUAUCCACUUCUUGGAGUACCCAUAACUGUAAAGGGAAGUAUAGACGUUGCCAAACUAAGGAAUACUUCAGGACUUGUAACACGGAAAAAUGUAAAUCCUGCUGAAAAGGAUGCUGACGCUGUGGCGUUGGCCAGAGAGGCAGGCGCCAUUCCAUUAUUAACCAGUAACAUCCCAGAAUUGUGUUUGAAUUGGGAAAGCAUUAAUAAUUUUGUAGGAACUACAAAAAAUCCUUACGACAUUAGAAAAACUGCAGGGGGGUCAUCUGGAGGAGAGGUAAACGUAGAGGAGAAGGUGUAA